UCCACACCUUCGCCAGCAGUUUCCUUCCUCACGUAGCGACACGCAGGGGCUCCCCUCCUGGCACAGACACGCGAACGGUGGUUCCUGCUUCCUCGCGCGGCCGAGGGUGGUAUUGCACAGCUCACACACAGCUCAAGGCCGCAUGACCCGUCCAGUGUGUCCACCUCCAAUCAUGAGCCCCCUAAACAAACUUGUGAGACCUUAGACGAACCAUAUUGGGUCUUAAUCUUGUGUCCUGCGAGGGAUGUUCUUGUGAAACUCGCCUGCGGUUUCGUGGGGUGCUCGAGUGUCCAGGAAGGUCACGACUCUCGCCGCUGUGUUCAGGAAGGUCGCGACCCUCGCUUUCGUGGCCAGAAGGUCACGACUCUCUGCUGUGUCCAGGAAGGACACGACCCCUCGCCCAUCGUCGCUGUGUCCAGGAAAGUCACAACCCUCGCAGCUGUAUCCAGUAAAGGUCACGACCCUCGCUAUUGUGUCGAGAAAGGUCACCAACCUCGCCGCUGUGUCCAGGAAGGUCACCAACCUCGCCGCUGUGUCCAGGAAGGUCACCAACCUCGCCGCUGCGUCCAGAAAGGUCACGACCCUUGGUGCGUGUGACCUUCGGCAAUCGGUGUUAAAUCCUCGUCAUCUGUGGACAGCAACACCACCUGACCACAUCACUGUCACCUGGAUAUAUCUUUCUUUGACUACAUAAGGCGCAACCAUCUGGAUACAGCAUCAGCACACGAGAACAGCACUACCACUGGUGCAGCAUCACAGCACCAUCACCAGGGUUCAGUAUCAUUGAAUACAGCACCUUAACGCCACAUCGUUCAUAAUCUCGUUAAAAAACUGGAUUACUAUUCCUAAUUGUUAGAAAAUUCUGAUUAACGUAGUUUUUUUAGUUUAUCAAUUAACCAAAUAAAAUAUAACUCCUCGUGCCCAAUAUAGUUUAGCGGUAAAAAUAAUUAAUAGUGUUCUUUAUAAGGUCAUUCAAUCGACGAGGUUCUGCUAUGAAGCCAGAUUAAGCCUUUUUGGAUUUUCAAGUUUAAGUUAAUCGAUUUUUAGAGACGAUGUCACGAUAUUUAAGACGUUGAAUAUCUGAGCGAGUUUUGUGGAGAUGGUGACAUUGUGUCUGAAAAUAUUACCCACCUGCAAGAGACUGUUGGGAACAUAAGACAACAUGGAAAGGUUAGGCGCCCCCGGGGCCACCUAUAAGACGAGGAGCAAACACCACUCCGCCAGCAAGAGGAGUCUGGGGUAUUCUCAUUCCCGGAUAGCGGACAAAUACGGGAUGCGGCCAAGGACAAUAAUCAAACGUUUACUACAAGAGAGGCGCCUUAGAGAAGCGACGAACAAACCGAUCAGGUCGAGGCAAAUCCCGUUCACAAAAUGUCGCAAGAAGCUGGGCAGCUCCCACGAGCGAUCCCACAUGCGAGAGAUUAAUAAAGCUUUCGAGAAUCUGCGAAAUGUCUUACCAGAUGCAGCCGGUUGUCGCAAAGAUGCCUCGGCCGCCGCCAAAAUGACCACGCUCACAUUGGCACUAAGGUAUAUCGCGGCACUCACACAGCUUCUCCAGGAAGACGACAUUCAACGCUCUUACAGUAACGAUGACGACAAGACCAGCAGCUGUUCAGACACUGGUAGUGACGACCAGAAGACCUACUCGUCAGAUCCAGAUGAUCUCAACCCUCAGACAUCCGCCCUCAAGGAGCAGGAUGAUGCCGAAGACACAUACAUACUAGCACUCGCCAAGAUAUUCGAAGAGAGUGAUGAUUCCAACCAUACAAGCGCUUCUGAUGGUGGCAAGGACGAUCAAUCAUACCCCAGAGACACAGACGAUCAAACAUUCCCCCGAGACACUGAAACCCGCUUGAGCAGUCGAGGGGACUUUAGCGACCUGUCGGACCACGACUUGGAAGGUCAGCUCGACGUUCUGGCCAACUUGGGUCGAUUGCCUGAGGCGACGGACCCUCAGAUCCUCUCCUGAGUUCUCUUCCAGUAGGCGCAGCAGCCAAAUAAUAACCGGACGCCUCUCUUGGCCCGUCUGCAUGUAUAUAAAUAUUUUGUGGACUGACUGUUUUAUAUGUUGGUACAUCUUCAAAGCAUAAACCUGAAUUACACAUCAUAUGCUUAGACAGCUCAGUGUAAUGUCUUCGGUACCCUGCCGAUGACUUGAGCAGCAAAUGAAGCAAACCUAAUUACCUUAGUGUGUGAAACACUCGCAUUACACUUCCUGCAUAUAGAUAUAUUCAGCAGUGUUUUUUCCUGAAAAAGUCUGUAGGUAUUUACCAUUUGAACUCUAUAUUGAAGCUGUUCAAGAACUGUCCAGUUGUUCUGAAACAGCUGUUCAGUUCCAUAGCACUAUAUCUCAUGGUGUUGAAGACUGUUCGAUAGUAUCUACGCCUUUGAGUGACAGCCAUAAUACCGCUAAACUUUGUGUGAUCUUGCCGGAUAAAACCUCAUCUAAGCUCACAGUAGCCAUUGUUGAACCUGAGAAUGAGUGCGUUUUCUGAAACCCUGAAGCAUUAUUGGUGUUGUGAGAAUCUAGAUCAGUAUUAAAGAACAUCUCAAUAAAACGAGUUGAACAAUCCCAGUGUUACAUUUCCUUUAUAUAUAUUUUGUCAACUAUUAGCUGUUUAUUGUACGGAGUCAUGUUUAUGUGUCAUGUAUAAUUAUAAUAUUGCUCAUUUACUGUUUAUUUGUGUUUAUUUUAUAUAGUCAUCGUUAUGUACAUUUGUCGACUCUUGAUCAAAAGAGAAUCCAAAGGUUAGUUUUCGAUGUAUGGUAUGCUGACUUUUAAACAAAAACGUAUGCUCGCCUCAACGUAUACAAUUUGAGUAGCAAUAAGAUUAAUUUAUUCCAUUGUUAGUUACAUCUCUAAGGCUGUUGUCGUUGUUAAAGAUUUAGCUACUCAGGACGAAGUAUCCAUGUAGCACGGGCUAUGGUGAGCCCGUAAGUCUCUAAGGCAAGAAAACAUUGUAUUGUUGACUAGAUCUGUAAGUGUGCGAGGGCAUACUACCAGGCAACAGCCUCGCCGCUGCUUGCACCUCACCCAUUGGUCUCAUAGUUAACAAUGUUGUUGUUGUUUAAGAUUCGCUACUUGGAACAAAAAAGUUCCUAGUAGCACGGGCUAUGGUGAGCCCGUAUAGUUAACAAGUCUGGUCUAGUUUAUACUUGUUCUGUCCUUGCAGCUGCAUCAUCACCUGAUCUGUUGUCUUUGUUUCUCCUCUAUGAUGUUGACCAAAAACACACACUAGAAAGUG